GCAGCUGCAGUCUCCUAUCUCCAUAGAGACCAUAGAGAUGGGCCAGAGCGGACCGCGCGCCCUCUUCACCCCCACUUCCCUUCCCCCGUCUGCGCAUGCUCCCGCCUCUCCCGUACGGCGGCCGAGUGGCUUUUGCGGCCUCUUCGCCCCCUCGACGGCGGGCCCGGGCAGGAGGCCCGCUGAGGAAGAGGAGGAGGAGGAAGAAGCGGCGGCUGCCAUGAAGCUGAGCACGCAGGCCUACUGCAAGAUGGUGCUGCACGGCGCCAAGUACCCGCACUGCGCCGUCAACGGGCUGCUGGUGGCCGAGAAGCAGCCGCCGCCCCAGCGCGGACGGGAGCGGGAGUCGCCGGCCCAGGCGCUGCUGGUGGACUGCAUCCCGCUCUUCCAUGGCAGCCUGGCCCUGGCGCCCAUGCUGGAGGUGGCGCUCAGCCUGAUUGAUUCUUGGUGCCGAGAGAACAGCUAUGUAAUAGCUGGCUACUACCAAGCGAAUGAACGUGUGAAGGAUGCCAGUCCAAACCUGCUUGCUGAAAAAGUCGCCUCCAGGAUUGCAGAAAACUUCAGUGAUACAGCCCUCAUAAUGGUGGAUAACACUAAAUUUACAAUGAAGUGCCUAAAACCAGCAGUUCAUGUGUAUGAACACCAUGAAAAUAAAUGGAGAUGCAGAGACCCACACAUUGAUUAUUGUGAGGAUUGGACAGAAGCUCAAAGGAUCUCCGAAUCCCUUUUGGACAGCCGGUCCUAUGAAACACUAGUGGAUUUUGAUAACCACUUGGAUGACAUUCGGAAUGACUGGACAAACCCAGAGAUCAAUAAGGCUGUUUUGCAUCUCUGCUAAGAAGAUUCCCACUGACUUGACGUGCUGGGGUUUUCACUGUGCUGAACAAAACAAAAAAAAGAGCAUUAAUUUUCAAAUGUAAAUAGAAAGGUGAUGGUUCCUUCAGGCGAGUGAGUCCCAUCACUUAGGGAAGGAUGUGUUGCUAUGCAGUCAAGUCUUUUUAAUGAGAAUCUUUGGGACAUUCUCCCUAUUUUGAAGCCUUUUUCUGUCCGUUGCCCUGGUGUCCUCCUGCUGAUGCGUUCUUGCGACCCUCCAACUAGAUCAGGGGUAGGCAAGCUCGGCUCUUUUAUGACUCAUGGACUUCAACUCCCAGAAUGCUGACUCAGGAAUUCUGGAAGUUGAAGUCCAUGAGUCAUAAAAGAGCCGAGGUUGCCUACCCCUGAACUAGAUCAACUUGUUCCAAAUCAUUCGUAUUAAAAAGUUUUGACUUAACUUUUCAUAUCCUUUAGAGAUAAUUUAAAAAGAGAGAGAUUUGUGAAAUAUCUCAGAGAGUUAACAGCUAGUUUUAUUUUUUAAAGAAUCUGCAUCUAAAUAAAUUGCUGAGCUUUACGUGGUCUGGUCAGUUUGGAAUGUCUUAUUCCAAGGGCUGACUUCUGGACCUGGUUGCAGUCGAUGGGUAGAUUGUGCGGGGAGAAAUCAACUUGAGAUACAGUAGAUCCCCAGGAGCUGCCAAGUUUCUUUCCUUAUUCGGGAAUGCUGCAAUUUUUCUGACUCUCCAGUUUUGAGUGUUGAAGUUGAACAGCGAACCCCUUCCGUGAAUUCAGCAUAGACCAAACGGCUGUCUUUUUGUUUACUGCAAAAAAGCAAAAUAGUUCUCUCAAUUCUUUCAUCUGGAGAGAGAGAAAAGUAAUUUCUUUGAUGUUUAAUUGCACAAACAGAGGAAGAGAAGUUACAGCCGUGGAUUCCAGUUCCUGAAACAAUUCUGAUGGAGUAGCCUCUAAGCCAGCAUUCUCCUUUUGUGUUGCCCUGUCAGGAAAGGGGUUCUGACAGCUGUGAGUUGUGCAUUUGAAACACAACCCUCCUCUGAUUUGCCAGUUCUGUUCCCAGUCCUCCAAGUUCGGAUUCGUUAUUCAGGUUUUCAGAGACCAGGUUUUUCCAAGUCCGGAAAGAAUCACCAGCUGCGAUUCAGCACAAACUUUUGAUCUUUGCACACAAAGGAGAAGAAUGUGCCACUUCAAAAUCAGCGCACUCCAAAUGGAUUCCAGUCUUCCCUCGAGGUGCUGGUCCCCCUACUUUCCACAGCACGCAUACAUAUUGAUGGACACAUCUCCUUUCACCUGUCUAGUGAAAGUAAGUGUGGAAGAGCACAACUGUUGAUCGUUCAGCGCUGGCCUUCCUGUUUGUUGUCAUGCUCUUUCCUUGCAAGCAGAUGUUAUGGCGUCUUAACACUUGGGGUUUCCCUUUGAGCUGUUUGGAUCCGGCUUAUAAUAUGGUUUUGUGGUGUAAAGUGUAAAAGAGUCUUUAAAACAAUACAACCUGUGUCACUUUGGUAUUUUUCCCUCCUUUUUUUAACUUUUAGCACGGGUGUGUUCAUCCUUAUGUUGUUUUACAGGUCUGUUUUUGUUUUAUUUUGUUUCUUCCACUUGACUGAUCCUGCACUAAGGCGACCUUUUAUUUAUGGCAUAUUCUGUAUCUCAAAAAGUAUCCAUUUGGGCUUUUAUAUUGCUUUCUUUCCUUCACCCCCUUGAAAAUAAAGAUGAUGAAACAAACCUCA